AUGACUAAAUCUCCUGUUCCGGAUGAAGUUUUUGGACGAAUGCUUGAAAAUCUGGGUCACAGUGGAAAACUGAGACUUCUAGAAAUUAUCAACUUCUCCUGGGAAAAAGGUUGUCUUCUGGCUGACUGGAAAAAAGCCACUAUAAUCCCUAUAAAGAAAGCUGGCAAAAAGAGUUGGGCCCCAAAGGAUUUCAGACCCAUAGCACUAACAAGUACAGCUUGUAAAAUAAUGAACGUAAGGGAUGAUCAAAAUCUCAAGCCCACCCACCACACUAUUGCCGCUCUCCUGGAUCUUACGAAAGCGUUUCACAGGGUAUGGAAGUACAAGCUGUUAAUUAAACUACAUGACACAUUUAACAUUCAUGGUAACACCUUGGCGUGGAUCUCAGAUUUCUUGCAUCACAGAUCUAUCAGGGUGAAUUUAAACACCUUCUCAGACCCAGUUGAGCUCGGACAGGGCGUCCCUCAGGGUUCAGUCCUUAGCCUUACGCUCUUCUCUUUUUACUUAGCAGGCAUUGAGAAAACACCUCCUAAAGCGGUAAAAGUUGGCUUGUUUGCUGAUGACAUCGUUCUCUGGAGCUCUGGAAAUGAUUUAGUUGAAAUGGAGAGGAAUCUCAACAAUGCAUUAUCUGCUUUUUCAGACUACGCUUUGGAGUUCAAACUUUGUUUUAAUCCUGCCAAAUCCAUUGUCACUUUCUUUACGACCAACAAAAGAUUGUACAACUAUCAGUCAAAUAUAAAGAUGGAUGACAAGAAUCUUGCUUACGAAAAGCAUCCAAUAUAUCUCGGAUAUGUCUCAGACCCAGAAUAG